AUGUUCCUGCAGUCCGACACCGGCGGAGCUAGCGAAGGAAAAUCAUCCGUCGACACUGCCCAUACUAAGGUACUCCGGGUGGUGUGGGACCGAUAUAGUGACAGACUGAGGUUCUCAGCACAGCACCUGCUGGAUGUGAAAGACAGCAAGGGGUCCAUACUUCCGCAGGCAUAUGGAGCAUGCGCCCUCCUACGGAGCACGAGUGAGAUUGGAGAAACAAAGGUAUCCGUGCUGUUUGCAAAGUCAGGAGUAGCACCACUCAAGAAGAUCACUUUGCCCAGGCUGGAACUAAUGGGGGCCCUGAUAGGAGUGCAAAUAGCCAAGUUCCUGGGUCAAGCGCUGUCUUUGUCGAACCUUGAGUCGACAUUCUGGACCGACUCCACCAUUACGCUAAGCUGGAUCCGAGGUGACUCAACGAGGUGGAAACCCUUCGUGGGGAACAGAGUGGCAGAGAUCCAGGCGAAUAGCCGUCAGCAGCAGUGGAGGUAUUGCCCUGGCUGCGAUAACCCAGCGGACGCCUUGACAAGGGGACUCACCGUCAGGCCAUUAUGUCAGGACAUACAGUGGUUUGAAGGACCAGGGUGGCUUUCCCAGCCACGCACAGUUUGGCCAAAGCGUUGCGGUGAAGGAGAUGCGAACUUAGGGAGCGUCGAGGAAGAAAAGCUGAGAGCCGCACUAGUGAUUGCAGGUGAUUUAAAUGGGACUUUUCCUCUAUUCGAGCUUUCUAAGUACAGCAGUUACAACCGCGUUGUGCGGGUUACCGCAUGGAUAAGAAGAUUUGUGUGGAAUUGCCGCACUAAUGUAAAAAACAAAGGGGCGCUUACGGCAUCUGAAGUGGCGGAAUCCGAGAUGUUAUGGGUGAGACAUGUGCAACGUGAAGUCUACCCCGAAGAGACGUUCGCACUCAGUCGCAACGUGCAAAUUGCCAAAUCAUCCAAGCUUCUGAGGCUGAAUCCGUUUCUCGAUGAAAAUGGAGUGAUGCGGCUUACGGGCAGACUACAGUGGUCGGACAACCCCGAAGAUAUCAUGCAUCCCAUUCUGCUACCAAAGAAGCACACACUAUCCAAGUUGAUUGUUCAGAACGCACAUGAACUAACGCUACAUGGAGGGGGUACAACUGACACUGUCAACCUUGCGAGAGAAGUGGUGGAUAGUCCAGGCCAGGCAGAUUAUGUUCGGACAAACCCGACUCACCCCUUUGAGACCACAGGUGUCGACUUUGCGGGACCGUUGUACAUCAAAGUUAGUAAAGGUUACGAAUCCUCCUCUAAGUCAUAUAUCCUCCUCUUCAUAUGUGCCACGACGAGAUCGAUUCAUCUCGAGUUGGUGACCGAUACAACGGCGAAAGCGUUCGUCAUGGCGUUCCGACGAUUUAUAUCAAGAAGGGGAACUCCUUCUAUCAUAUACAGCGACAAUGCCCUUGCUUUCAAGACUACGUCGAGGGAUAUUCAAGACUUGUGGAAGAUAAUGCGUAGCACCGAAUCACAAGACUUUAUGUCUGCAAAACGUAUUAACUGGUGGUUCAUUGUCGAACGGGCUGCAUGGUGGGGCGGAAUGUGGGAACGGCUGAUACGGACGGUCAAGAGCUGCUUGCGGCGAAUUCUGGGAAGACAGUGCCUCACAUUCGAAGAGAUGGAAACUUUUCUUCAUGAAGUGGAGGCAGUUGUUAACUCCAGACCCCAUCUCACCUUUCUUCAUUCCACUUCCGACGAACCUGCCGCGCUGACUCCAGCUCAUCUACUAAUAGGCAGGAUCGUAACGGCACUACCCGAGAAACCUUCGCAUGAAGUUCAAUCCUCGACAGCCCAGUCAAGCAUCCGAAGAUGGCGACACAAACAGAAGAUUGCAGACAUGUUUUUGAGAAGAUGGAAGCCGGAGUAUCUCCUCGAGCUCAGGUCAGCUCAUCAAACAAACGCAACGGAGUACUUCCCAAAACUUUCGGAAGGGGACGUGGUUCUUCUGCACGACCAUAAGACACCUCGACAUAUCUGGAAGCUGGUUAGAGUCAACGAAGUUCAUCCCGGUCGAGAUGGCAAUGUGCUGCCGGUAGUGGAGCGUCGUCGUGAGGCGGGUGCUCCGCCGAGCUUUGGAAGUGAUGGGGACCACGUCUGUGGGGCAAGAGGACCUGCGCAUGUGAUUCACAUGCCGACGAAGCAGUCGUCCAUCCUGUGUGAGGCCCUCGUAGGAACGUUUGACGACCUUCCUGCAGACCUUCACUUGGCACCACUUUCCAUUAUUGCUGAAAGUCCUGAACCACGCGGUCUGGGCGACCUUGAAGGGGUCGUCAAGCUGGGCUUGGAUGCCGGGGGGUGA